AUGUUAGGUGUACCGCGGCCUCCGCCACAGGCGUACAUGCCGAAUCGCACGACGGAGGGAAGCCGUGCCUUUCAACUCCGACGCCUGGCCGAGUCGACGUUGGGCAGCGGCAACCUCCGUGUGGCGGUGCGUGUGCCGGACGGCGAGCUGCUGGAAGAGUGGCUCGCUCUGCACACGGUGGACUUUUUUAAUCACCUGAAUAUCCUGUAUGGCACGCUCACCGAGUUUUGCACGUCGCGCGAGUGCCCCGUCAUGUGCGCCGGGCCCCGCUUCGAGUACCACUGGCAGGACUCGAGCUCCGUCAAGUACCGCCGCUCGACCCGUCUGUCAGCACCCGACUACAUCGAAUGCCUACUCAACUGGACACAAGCACAGAUCGAUGACGAGACGCUGUUCCCGACCGCGCUGGACGCCUCGUUCCCACCCAACUUUGUGGAUCGCAUCAAGGCGAUGCUGCGCCGCCUAUUCCGGAUCUACGCUCAUAUAUACAACCAUCACUUUGCACAGGUGUGUGCGCUGCGCCUGGAAGUGCACCUGAAUACGUCGUACCGCCACUUUUUCCUGUUUGUGAGUGAGUACCAGUUGAUCGAUCCCAAGGAAAUGAUCCCCCUCGCCGAAAUCAACGAAGCCAUCACCGAAGAGAAUGCGCGAUCUAUGUAG